AUGACUCUUCUAUCAACAUACAUGGACUUCAACGCUCUUCUCACCCUCGAAGCUUUCAUCAUGUUCCUGUUCCUUCUCCCCUUCUACAUCGUGAUCUUCUUCAUGAUUGUCGCCGCCCGCCACGCCCGCAACGAGCGCCGCCUCGCCCACGAGCUGCGCGUCAUGGCCGCCGACGAAGAGGCUCGCUACAACAGAAGCCGCCGCGAAGCCAGAGAGCGCGAGGAGAAGCGCAUCAAGGAAGAAGCUCUGCUUCGCGAGGCCACUCGUCAGGUCUCUCACCACGACAACACCAGCGACAACGACGACGAGGGUGGCCUGCAAAUCUUCCACAAGAACAACCGCCCUGCUCCCUGGAUGGUCGCCUCCGGCGUCUUGCCUAGCCGGGACCGUAAGCGCAGUUAA